AUGCCCGCCGGCCUCGCCGCCCGGGGCCAGGCGCCCCUCGGUGCCGCCUCGCCGCCGCUUCGCCCCCCGCGCCGGGCCGCCCCGCUGCUGCGCUGGGACGAGGUGCCGGACGACUUCGUGGAGUGCUUCAUCCUGUCGGGCUACCGGCGGCUGCACAGCACGGCGCAGGAGUGCCUGGCGUCGGUGCUGCAGCCCACCAACGAGACGCUCAACUUCUGGACGCACUUCCUCCCGCUGCUGCUCUUCGCCGGCAAGUUCUGCCGCCUGCUGCUGCUACGCGGCGCCGGCGACCUGCCCUUCCACCACCCCUUCUUGCUGCCGCUGUGGUGCUACGCGUCGGGCGUGCUGCUCACCUUUGCCAUGAGCUGCACUGCCCAUGUGUUCAGCUGCCUCUCGCUGCGCCUGCGCGCCGCCUUCUUCUACCUGGACUACGCCUCCAUCAGCUAUUACGGCUUCGCCAGCACCAUGGCUUACUACUACUACCUGCUGCCCGGGCUGAGCCUGCUGGAGCCGCGCGCGCUCAGCCGCUAUCUGCUGCAGCGCCUGGGCUGGCACGUGGACUGCAGCGCGCCUCUAGCCUUCUACAGCGCGCUGCUGCUGCCCGUGGCCUUCCUGCUGGCCGUGGCCUGCACCGUGGCGUGUUGCAAGAGCCGCUCCGACUGGUGCGCCUACCCCUUCGCCAUCCGCACCUUCGUCUUCGCCAUGCCACUCAGCAUGGCCUGCCCCAUCAUGCUCGAGAGCCUCCUCUUCGACCUCAAGGGCCACAACCCCACCCUUUUCGUCUACUUCUACCGCCGCUACUUCUGGCUCCUCGUGGCUGCCUUUUUCAAUGUCAGCAAGAUCCCCGAGCGGAUCCAGCCGGGCCUCUUCGACAUCAUCGGCCACAGCCACCAGUUCUUCCACAUCUUCACCUUCCUCAGCAUCUACGACCAGAUGUUCUACGUCGAGGAAGGCCUGCGGCACUUCCUGCAAGAACCUGCGCCCGCCUCGCCCACUUUCACGGGCACCGUCGGCUACAUGCUGCUUUUGAUACUGUGCCUGGCCUUGGUCAUCCGGAGGUUUUUAAACGCCCCAGAGUGCGGCAAGCAAGACUGA